ACUUCUACAAGAGAUCUAAAAUGUUGGUGGAGUUAUUUCUGAAAACUGUAUUUACUUCCAUCUCUUGCCUAGUCUCAGAUACAAUUAUCAUCGGAGAAACCCAGAGCGUAAACAUCUCCGCGUUCAACUGUCUGGGUAGCCUCGAGACAGUUCUAGGAGAAGAGAUAUUAAACCGAACCUGUCCUCUUGAAUCAUCUUCUCCGGAGAAUCUAUCCUGUAAAAUAUCCACGGAGUCAGCUACCAUCCUGCCAGAAGACGGAUGGGAGGUCUUUGGAGAGUUUAGUUGUGAUGAUGACGAUGAUACUACUCAAGGAUAUGGAAUAAAGAAUGGAAAAGUCCGAUGUGAAGUCUGCAAAGCAGAUCCUUUAAUAUUUCUCACAAGAACCUGUGUUAUGGACUACUUCAUCAUACAAACCGAUCUAGACCCUGUAACAGACAGGACUGAUACUGAUGAGGAUGGGAGGUACACUGUCCCAAUUCUGUUCCUAAGCCUGAUAACUGUUGGAAUCCUUCUUCUUCUUGAACUCAAGAAAACAGAAUCUAAUCUUCUCAUUUAUAUCAUUAACAAGGUUCUAUUCUCUGCUCCUUCAGUACAAGAAGAUAACCUUGAUCAUAAGAACCGAAGCUCUAGAACGGAUACACCUUUAAGAUCCCCAAUGGAUCCAAAUGCCCGGAGAACUGGACCAGGAGCAGGGAAACAGACCAUGAAGGAGUCCGUGAAGAGAAGGCUUGAUGUGAGGUUCAAGUCCAUGCAAGCUCCGAGCAAAGCUGAACCGAAGAAGCAGAUUAACGCAAAUGAUUCUCAAGAACCAUCUGAGAGCCAGGCUGGAGUUGGAACACACCCUGAAAACAACAUGCAAACCCACUCCGAUGUCGAAGAUGGAGGUUACACAGCUCUGGAAAGACGAACCAUGGAGUAUCCAAUCCCGGAGCACUCCAUGCUCCAACCCGGAAACUACGAGCGCAAGAUGAGAAGUAAGUCCCGCGGAAGAUCCAAGACCAGGAAACCCAGAGCACCCAAGAGUAUCCGGAUUUAAAGAUAGAAGAAAUGGUAUCAGGAUUUAAAGAUACUACUUGAUGUAAUUUCUGGAUUAGAAAAUUACUUCAAAAUUGAAAUUGUAAGUUUUGUUUGAUCCUUAUAAUUUAACUUCAUUUGUUUACCAUCGACUUUUUAAUCCACUUCAUGAUAAUUUGGAUUUUUUAUCUUCUGUAUAUAGAGUUGAAAUUUUUUUUAUCACUUUCUUUAAAGAUAUAUGGUUUUGUCCGAAUUUUAGCAUGUAUUUGUUUGCAAUUUUAAAAGAUUAAAAACAGUUAAAAAUUAUUAAUAGUAAGAAUAUUAUCUAUAUCUGAUUUGAUUGAUAUUCUGGUUCACUGCUCAAAGUAAUACCCUUUUAAAAAAAUGACACUACCAGACUAUAAAACUAUUGCGAAACCUGUUCCAACGUUAUAUUUCAUUUCUGAAUUGAACGGGGUACGAUAAUUGUUAGGUUAUUGAUAAAUGCUCUUAAAUUAAACAUCCGUUUAAGAAACUGUCUACUAGAUAGUGAAAAUCAUAGUGAAAGGUUGUAUUAAUGUUCUAAAUCUGAUGUUGGACGGUUUAAAAAAUGUCUACUAGUCUGUAAAAAAUAAUGUAAAAACCAUGUAAAUUCAAAUAAAAAAAUAAGAACUGUAAAAAUAUUCUAAAUCUUAUGUCGAUUGUCUGAUGGACAAAUUGUUUUAAUUGUUGAUAAAAGA